AAUGGCGGCUCCCAUCAGCUUGGUGAUGUUGUUAGAACUGUUUCUGUUGUUUAAUGUUAUUUCUAAAACCUUUGGGGCUGAAAUUUGCUUCUUGGAAAACUAUGAUACAUAUAACCUUACGCAGAGACAAUGGAGAGUCCAAUUAAGCAACAGAAGCUGUCCUUUCCCUGCCAAGCAGAGCUGUGUAGUGAAGUUUACAUUUUGUUCUCCGCUACGAGAAAAAAAGAGUUGUGUGAAUGCCAGCGUGUGUCAACUCAGCCAGGAGGAAUUUUUCAAGAUGGCCACCUACACUCUUCACAGACCAUUUGUAGCAUUGACCAAUAACAGUGAGGGUUUUCAGAGUGUGUUUGACCCGGGAUCUCUCUACAACAAUUCUGGAUCCACAUGUAAAUUAAAGACAACUCUGAGAUUCACAUGUGACGAGAAGAUGCCUUGGCCACUUCAAGGGCCGAACGGUGAUCAGAACGUCCCCACCACACCAACCAUCACAUUUAACAAGACUUCUUGUCAGUACAACAUGACAUUCAAGUAUGCAGGUGCCUGUGUUACCUUCAUCCCCGUGACCAGAUCUACAGAACUGAGUGCAGGAACGGUUCUCGUCAUCAUUUUGUUUGUGGUCAUGUUUGUGUACUUCGUGUUUGGGACGAUGUGGAACAUGGGUUGUAAAGGAGCGAGAGGCCUGGAGGCUGUGCCGAACUACGAUUUCUGGACGGAUCUUCCCGUUCUGGUGGCUGAUGGUUUCUUGUUCACGUUUCGCUGUGGCAGACUGGAUAGCACGGGAACAACGUAUGAAAGUAUUUGAUGAAGGCUUCUUUUUUCUAUGGAGAGUUUGUUGAGAGAUGUUUGUAGAUCUUCUUCAUGGUUUAUAC